AAGCAAAGAAAAAAAUUAGCCUUACCCACCGACCUAAAUAGCAAGUGAAUUGAAAGGGUAUAAAAAGAAUAAGACGUAAGUAGGAAGGAGAAAGUGGUAAGAAAAGCCGAUGUCCCCUCCCAGAAGCUGCACAACAAAAACUCCUUAAACCUCUCCUAACACCCUAACUCUCACCAUUCCUUCUUCGUAUUCUCCCUCCUCCAUUUCCUCGCUCCGCGUUUGUUCCUUCGAGAAUGGCAUCACCAGCAAUUUUGAGAAGGAGAAGUUUAAUCCAUCAAUACUUGAAUAACUGUUUUGCUUCUUCUCCGUCUCCUAGUAAUCGCUCUCUGGAACGCGCUAUAGCUACGACGUCAUCUCUGUUUCCUUGUAAGCACGGAACGACGCCGUACAGAGAUGACUUGUUCAAUCCUUUCGGAUUGGGACAAGUUGUUCGAGGAUUCGGGAGCGCGGUUCCGUGGGACGCUUUUUCGAGACUGAACGCGCCGAUAGGUGUGCGGUGGUUGUCGCAGUCGUCGGCCGCGGCGGCGAAACGUCAUCAACCGGAUAAGAACGAUGAGACGGUGGCGAAGAAGCGGAAAGAAGCGUCACCGGAGGAGUGCGAUCAAGCCGUCGAAGGCUUGACCACUGCGAAGGCCAAAGCCAUGGCGAAACGGGCGCAAGAAGAGGCGCAGAAAGACCUGCAAAGCGUGUUGCGGAGAGUGUGGACUGCGUUUUUGGGAAUCGGUCCUGCGUUGAGAGCUGUCGCGUCUAUGAGUAGGGAGGACUGGGCAAAAAAACUGGUUCACUGGAAAGGGGAAUUUGUGUCGACCUUGCAGCAUUAUUGGUUGGGUUCUAAGCUGCUGUGGGCUGAUGUGAGGAUCAGUUCCAGGUUGUUGUUGAAGCUUGCGGGUGGGAAGAAUCUCUCCAGAAGGGAGAGGCAGCAACUGACGCGGACUACUGCCGAUAUCUUUAGGCUAGUUCCUUUUGCUGUUUUCAUUAUUGUUCCCUUUAUGGAGUUCCUCCUGCCUGUGUUUCUAAAGUUAUUCCCUAACAUGUUGCCAUCAACAUUUCAAGACAAGAUGAAAGAACAGGAAGCAUUGAAAAGGAGACUCAAGGCAAGAAUAGAGUAUGCAAGGUUCCUUCAGGAUACAGUCAAAGAAAUGGCAAAAGAAGUUCAGAACUCCCGCAGUGGAGAACUAAAGAAAACAGCUGAAGAUCUUGAUGAAUUUUUAAACACGAUUAGAAGAGGUGCAACUGUCUCCAAUGAGGAAAUUUUGGGCUUUGCUAAGUUGUUUAAUGAUGAACUUACUCUAGAUAAUAUAAGCAGGCCACGAUUAGUCAAUAUGUGCAAGUACAUGGGAAUCAGCCCUUUUGGCACUGAUGCAUACUUGCGUUAUAUGCUAAGAAAACAUUUACGGAGGAUUAAGGAAGAUGAUAAAUUGAUUCAAGCAGAAGGUGUGGAUUCUCUUUCAGAAGAUGAACUUCGGGAAGAUUGUAGAGAGCGAGGCAUGCUUGGGUUGCUUUCUGUUGAAGAAAUGCGCCAACAGCUUCGAGAUUGGCUGGACUUAUCUCUGAAUCACUCUGUUCCAUCAUCUCUUUUGAUACUUUCAAGGUCAUUUACUGUGUCUGGGAGAUUGAAACCAGAAGAAGCUGUACAGGCUACACUUUCUUCUCUCCCUGAUGAGGUUGUAGAUACUAUACAGGUUACAUCUUUGCCCUCUGAGGAUUCUGUCUCAGAGAGGAGGAGGAAAUUGGAGUUCCUUGAGAUGCAAGAAGAACUUAUUAAGGAGGAGGAAGAGAGAGAGGAGGUGGUGCAGGCAAGGAUGGAGAAUAGUUCUAGUCAAGAUGAUAAGGCCCUGAAAGAGAUGAAUAUUUCAACAGCAAAAGAGGCUCACCAACUUGCUAGAGACAGAGCAUUUGAAAACAAAGAACAACUUUGUGAACUUAGUCGUGCAUUAGCUGUUUUAGCUUCUGCAUCGUCUGUAAGUUCAGAGCGUGAAGAUUUUCUUAGACUGGUUAACAAAGAGAUAGAACUCUAUAACAGCAUGGUAGAGGAAGAGGGUUCAAAUGGUAAAAAAGAUGCCUUUAAGGCAUAUAAAGCUGCCCGAGAGGAACAUGAACACGCUACUGAGUCGGGUGAAGGGGAUAAGGUGUCAUCAGCACUCAUUGGGAGAGUUGAUGCUAUGCUUCAAAAUCUUGAGAAGGAAAUAGAUGACGUUGAUGCGAAAAUCGGUGACCGUUGGAGGCUGCUGGACAGAGAUUAUGAUGGGAAAGUAACUCCUGAGGAGGUAGCCUCUGCUGCAAUGUACUUAAAGGAUACAUUGGGAAAGGAGGGUAUCCAAGAACUCAUCAGCAGUCUUUCCAAAGAUAGAGAUGGGAAAAUUCUUGUUGAGGACAUUGUUAAGUUGGGCAGUUGGAGGGAAGAUGGUAAUGCACCUGAAGAUGAUACCAGGGAGAGGGUAUGAUCCCAUCAUUUGACUUCCAGAUACAUCCUAUUUGAGUUCCAUGCCACAAAAUAUGUUGCGCAAAUGUACUCUAGGCCAUUCGAAUUUUCCAGUCAUUGAUUUUUGUAUUCAUGUAUUAAUAAAUAGUUCAAUUGUAGCAGUCAGACGAAAAUGAAGUGUGUGCAAGCUCUGUAAAUUUUUGACAGCUGAGCACACAAAUAUACUUUAAAUUUAUAAAUGAUACGACACUUGGGAUUUGUUGGCUAUUGGGGUGCAUUACUGUACUAAAAUUGAAAUAUAAGUGAAACACAAUACUAUUUAA